CCGCCAUUGCUUGCAUCAGCUAGUGAGGAGUCGGCAUUCGCCGGGAAGUUACUACGAACAGCUGCUGGACUUUUCUCGUAGUGAAAUUGCUGCCACCACUCCUUUAGUCUCACAUUCUGUCCCAACACAGCGAAAUGGCUUCAAACGGCCAAAUAAGGCUCUUCGUGAGUGAAGGUAACCCGCAGUGUCUGAAGGUGUUAGCUGCGCUAGAAGAGACUGGAGUUCAGUGUGGCGUUCAGUGUGUCAACCAUGAAGAGAGAGUGGUGCCCUUUCUUAGCCGUCCAGCUUUGCCAGCCCUCCUCCUGCCCAGUGGUCUGCACAUUUUCAGCUCAAAUGCAAUCUGCCAAUACUUGUUUGAAGUAAAAGGACAAGAAUCCAAUCAGCUUUGCAAUCAGUGGCUUGAAUGGGAGGCCACAGAACUUCAGCCUGCACUGCUUCAGGCUCUUCACAUGGCAGUGGUGCAAGGAAAAAGUUCAGACGUGUUUAACAUCCUCCAGGCGUCCCUUAACUACUUGGACCAAGGCUUGAGCAAGCAAAGCUUGCCAUAUUUAACAGGGGAAGCCAUUUCAGUUGCUGAUGUUGUUUUGUCGGCUGCGCUAUACCCUUUUUUGUCGGACUCUUCACUUGCACUGGGUGAAUAUAAGUCUUUGAAGGCCUGGUUUGACCAUGUGGCUGCUCGGCACAGUUUCCAGUCUGCUGCUCAGAAAGUGCUGCAGGGAAAAGGCCUGCAGGGCAUGAAGAGCUACAUGCAGAGGCAGCCUCUCCCCCAGAGCAGCGUGUGCCGAGACUCACAACCAACUAACAACGGCACCCCUGCUGAGUGUGAUGAGGGAGAACGUAUGGUUUCUGAGGAGGAGAUGGAGGCUGCUGCCCUCACCUGGUGCAAAGGUUUGAACUCCAGCCCACUGGUUAAAGAGCGACAACACCCCAUUUUGCCUCAGGAGGACAAGAAAAACAUCCUGGUUACCAGUGCCUUACCUUAUGUCAACAAUGUUCCCCACCUCGGUAACAUUAUUGGAUGCGUCCUGAGUGCUGACGUCUUCUCCAGGUAUGGCCGCCUGCGAGGCUGGAACCUGCUGUAUGUGUGUGGCACAGAUGAGUACGGCACAGCUACAGAAAACAAGGCCAGAGAGGAGGGCCUGACGCCACAGCAGAUCUGUGACAAGUAUCAUGCUGUUCAUGCCAGCAUUUACAAGUGGUUCCAGAUUGACUUUGACUUUUUCGGCAGAACCACCACUGAGAAGCAGACAGAGAUUGCCCAGGACAUAUUUUGGCGACUCAACAAGCAUGGAUUCCUUGUGGAAGACACCGUGGAGCAACUACGCUGUGAGAGCUGUCAGCGUUUCCUGGCUGACCGCUUUGUCGAAGGCAUCUGUCCCUUCUGCAACUACGCAGAAGCUCGUGGUGAUCAGUGUGACAAAUGUGGGCGACUUAUUAAUGCUGUGGAACUCAGGGAACCUCAGUGUAAAGUCUGCAGGCAGACUCCAAACAUUCGCUCAUCCAAACAUCUUUUCCUGGACCUGCCAAAGCUAGAGACUCAGUUGGAGCAGUGGCUGGACAAGUCGACCAGCACAGGAGACUGGACGGCAAAUGCCAAACAGAUCACUCGUUCCUGGCUGAGAGACGGACUCAAACCUCGCUGCAUCACCAGGGACCUGCAUUGGGGAACUCCAGUACCUCAUCCUGACUUUAAAGAGAAGGUAUUCUACGUUUGGUUUGAUGCCCCAAUUGGUUAUCUGUCCAUUACUGCCAAUUAUACCGACCAGUGGCAAAAGUGGUGGAAGAAUCCUCAUCAGGUGGAGCUGUAUAACUUCAUGGCCAAAGACAAUGUGCCCUUCCACAGCGUUGUAUUCCCCUGCUCCCUGCUGGGAGCUCAAGACAACUACACUCUGGUCAACCACCUCGUUGCCACUGAAUAUCUGAAUUACGAGGACACCAAGUUCUCCAAGAGCCGGGGUGUUGGUGUGUUUGGAGACAUGGCGAAAGACACCGGAAUCCCGUCUGAUGUGUGGCGAUUUUACCUGCUGUAUGUGCGUCCGGAAGGGCAGGACUCGGCCUUCUCCUGGGCAGACAUGGCUUUGAAGAACAACUCCGAGCUGCUCAACAACUUGGGCAACUUCAUCAACAGAGCUGGUAUGUUUGUUACCAGGUUCUUUGAGGGCUGUGUGCCUGCGAUGGAGCUACUGCAGGAAGAUAAGAAGCUGCUGGCUAUGGUGAGCUGGGAGCUGCAGCAGUACAUCCAGCUCAUGGACAAAGUCAGAAUCCGCGAUGGUCUCAAGCACAUCCUGAACAUCUCACGUCAUGGCAACCAGUACAUUCAAGUCAAUGAACCAUGGAAGAAGAUCAAGGGAGGAGAAACAGACAGGCAGCGUGCAGGCACAGUUACUGGUGUCUCGGUGAAUAUCGCCUGCUUGCUAUCGGUGAUGCUGUCACCUUACAUGCCAACAGUCAGCCAAACCAUCAGGGAUCAACUCAACGCCCCGCAGUCUUGUAUCAGUACCAUGUUUCAAGGCACUGGCACCUUUGUUUGUUCCCUGAGUGCGGGCCACCGCAUCGGCACUGUCAGUCCAUUGUUCCAGAAACUGGAGGUGGACCAGAUUGAGGCUUUGAAGAAGAGAUUUGGUGGACAGCAGCCCGAAGAUGAACCGCCAAAAAAAAAGAUGACGGCUCAGAACGCUGCCAGCAGCCCGCCUGCUGCUGUACCAACCACCGCUGCUCCCGCUGCGGAGGUGGCGACGGCAAACGGCGCGGACCCAGAGAAAGCCAAGCUUCUCACUCAGGCUGUGACUGAGCAGGGCGACAAAGUGCGAACACUCAAAGGCCAGAAGGCAGAGAAGGCAGUGAUCACAGCAGAAGUGGCCAAAUUGUUGGACCUUAAGAAACAACUGGCUGUGGCUGAGGGGAAGAGCCUGGAGCCUGCUGCACCUCAGAAGAGCAAGAAGAAGUGAGACUGCAACAAAAGGAUAACAAAAUGAUGGAGGAUUGUCAGAGGAAGGGAGGAAUAAAAUGGUUUGAGGUAUGUGAGAGGAGAAUUGGAACAAGAUGUACACCGAGAGAUGAGGGUAUUAGCUUACGGCAAAGCCGUGACAGGAUCUAAGACAAUGUGGUAUUGGCACAGAGGACUAAUGAAAUGCUGUAUAGGCCGACAGGGAAAUGAAAACACACAGACUGAGUCAAAUGAAUGCAGCUACAGAAUGGAGGGAUUCUGCCAAAUCCCUACACCAAAAGAAACUGAUUUUAUACUCUCCCUGUGAUAAAGUCGGCAUAAUAUUACCAUUGGAAGGUGUGUCGCGCAUUUUAAGAUUUUUUUUCUAUCAUGUGGAUUUUCAUUUUUUUUGCCAUUUACAAGUACCCUUUGGAAUCAGGUAAUAAAUUAAAUUUAACAGAUCUUAAAAUUUAA